AUCCUUUUUCAUUCAUUUUUCUUUAAGUCUUUCAAGUGAAAUAUAAUCAAAAACUCCAGUCACUACAAGAAAACCUAACUUCACCGACCACAUAUCACCGAGGAAAUGGUAUGGGACCAUCUUACUAAGUAUGAUUUUAUGAAUGCUUAUUCUGUUUGGUGGGCACAUGGUGAGACAUUUGUGGAUUCAGUAGAUCCAUGGGCUGCUACUAAUCUAGGAGAAUCAUCACAUAGCCAAGAUACACACCAUGAUGAAAGGAAUGACUUUCGUGAAAUGGUGUAUGAUGCAUUUUGUCCAGAGGAUGAUGAGAAUCGAGAAAUGGAAGGUAAUUUCCCCAAUCAACAUCUGGAUGAGGAACCAAACAAUCAAGUAAAGGCAUUUUAUGACUUGCUUCAUGCAUCUACAAUUCCCCUUGGUAGUGCUAAAAGAAAUGAGAUAGUGCUUAGCUGGCUUUCUUAUAUGUUGCAUACAAAGAUUGCAAAUAAUAUAACUGCUAAUGGUUUUAAUGCCAUUCUCAAAGGAUGUAGAAGGUUGUUAAGUGCUGAAGAUCAAGAAAAAGUUCCUUCAAACUUUUAUGAACGCAUGCGCAAACUUAAGAGUACCAUAAGGAAUAAAAAUCAUGUCGAGGCAUCAAUUGUUGAGGCAUUUAUAUCAUACGAGAUAUCCCACUUUUGCUCUCGUUAUUUUGGGGAUGAUGUUAAGACAAGCUGGAAUCAGCCUCCAAGAAACUAUGGUGGCAUUGGAACCAACAUCCCAGGUAAGUUAUCCGUAUUUUGUUCCCUUGGUGAAUCAAUAGGGGCCCACUCACGUACACGAUGUUUAACAUUGGAGGAGGAAGAUGCAGCUGAACUAUAUGUCUUGCUAAAUUGCAAGGAGGUUGAUGUUUGGGUAACUAAAUUUGAGGAAGAAGUUGGUGCAAAUUUGUCACAUGAACAACUACAAAGAUCGCGAAUUCAAUGGUUUAAAAAUAUGCUGUUUACUGAUAGUAGCGUAGCUCCGAAUAUACAGCAAACGAUUGAUCCAUUAAUGAAUUAUAAUUUUGCACCUGAUCAUGAGAACGAGGGCCCUUCAUCCUCGAUGGGGAAAAAAGGAUGGAGCAGGAAUUUCAAAGGAAUACGCCCUCCAGAAAAUAGAGAGAGCAGCAAAUGGGUUAAACUCAUUGAUGAUAAGCUCCAAUUUGCUGAUCCGCUCCAAUUUGCUGAUCCAAACAUCCCUUGGGCCAUCACUUCACUAUGGAAGUCACGUUUUGAUGGCCCGUAUUUCACGUACGAGUGUGUCACCCAAAGCAAGAUUGCUGAAAUUUAUAAUUGUUUCAAGACACUUUACCAGUGGAAUCCUACAAAUAAUCGCCAUGUGCGAGAUGCAUUCCUAAAUUGUAUGAAACAUAGAUGGAGUGACAAUUGUAGGGAUGAGAAGUUGAAAUGGGAUAAGAACUCAGCCUAUGUCCCAUGUUGGAUCCCAACUCAUAUAUGGCCUCAGCUGUUGACAUAUUGGGACUCUGAUGAAUAUAAGAGGCUCAGUGCAAGGGGAGCAAAGAAUAGGAGCUCUGGGGAAAGGGUGACUCAUACCACUAGGUCCGUUAGCUUUGGCAUCCAUGAGAUGCGGAUGACUGAGUCUAGAGGUGGUGUGCAACCUCCCCAUCAGGAGAAAUUCAAGGAGAUGCACACCUUCAGAAAAAAGGCGGGAAAAGAUCAAGAGCCAUCUCAUGGCUCUGAUGCUAGUUCGUGGCCACGUAUGGAUAACGAGGCAUGGGUUAAGGCUGUUAGAGGUUGCUCAUCUAAUUUCAUGCCAGGGAUUGGCUCCCAAGUAAAUCCAGAGAUGGCAAAAGAUCAUGAGGAGUUAGAAAGACAACGCCAACAAAUUGCUUUGAUGCAACAGCAGCUGGCCAAUAUGACAGAAACUCAGAAUAAUAUGAGCCAGACAAUCGCACAGUCUGUUGCAGCAGCUCUAGCCGCUUAUGGCAUCUCCCCUCAGGCAGGUCAUCAUCCAGUUGCCUCACCACAGUCGUCACAUGGUUCUGGCUCAGGUCUUCACAUGAAUUCAGCUUUCACCUACUCCACUGAUUCUACACAAACCUCUCCUAUGGUCCCUAAAUAUCAACAGCAGUGGUAGUUUCUGCUUCAAGAUGAUGAUGCAUACCAUCCUACUUUUGAUCCAGACUAUCAGGGUCCUUAAUGAUUAGACAUAUAUUUUAAUGAUUCAUAAUUCACAUGUCCUAGUCUAGCGUGCUAUAAAGCAGAAGAACACUCAAUAAUAUAAGCAGAAACAUUAU